AUGCUGCUUCCCGCCCUCCUCUUUGGCUUGGCAUGGGCAUUGAGUAAUGGGCGGUGGUGUGAGCGGACGGAGACCAUCCGCGUGGAAGAGGAAGUAGCCCCUCGUCGGGAGGACCUGGUGCCCUGUGCCAGUCUCUACCAUUACAGCCGCCUCGGCUGGCGGCUGGACCUGCCCGGGAGUGGCCGCACGGGGCUCACCAGGUCCCCAGCACCCGGGCUCUGUCCCAUCUACAAACCCCCAGAAACACGGCCUGCCACGUGGAACCGGACGGUGAGGGCAUGCUGCCCAGGCUGGGGCGGCACCCACUGCACCGAGGCCCUCGACGAUGCUAGCCCUGAAGGCCACUGCUUUGCCACAUGGCAGUGCCAGCCGUGGGCAGACUCAGUUAACGCUUCGGCAGGAAGCCUGGAAGACUGCUGUGCCCGGCCCUGGGGACGCAGCUGGUGGGACAGCAGCUCCCAGGCCUGCCUCAGCUGCUCCAGCACACACCUGCCAGGUGGCACCUCCUCUCCAGCCCUCCUGCAGCCUCUGGCAGGGGCUGUGGGCCAACUCUGGAGCCAGCACCAACGUCCCUCUGCCACCUGUGCCACCUGGUCGGGCUUCCACUACCGCACCUUUGAUGGACGCCACUACCACUUCCUGGGCCGCUGCACCUACCUGCUGGCGGGCACUGCUGAUUCCAGCUGGGCUGUCCACCUCGGGCCUGGGAACCACUGUCCCCAGCCUGGGCACUGUCAGCUGGUACGGGUGACAAUGGGACCCGAGGAGGUGCUGAUUCAGGGUGGAAACGUCUCUGUGAAGGGGCAGCUGGUACCUGAAGGGGAGCCGCGGCUGCUCCACGGGCUGAGUCUGCAGUGGCUGGGGGACUGGCUGGUGCUGUCGGGGGGCCUGGGGGUCGUGGUGCGGCUGGACAGGGCUGGUUCCGUCUCCAUCUCUGUGGACCAUGAGCUCUGGGGACAGACGCAAGGCCUCUGUGGGCUGUACAAUGGCCGACCUGAGGAUGACUUUGUGGAGCCUGGUGGGGGGCUGGCCAUGUUACCUGCCACCUUUGGGAACUCCUGGAGGCUUCCUGACUCGGAGCCUGGGUGUCUGGAUGCAGUGGAGGUGGCCCAGGGCUGUGAGGGCCCCCUGGGAAACACAGAGGCGGGCGUGGAACCUGGCCAGCUGCGGGGUGAAGCCCAGGACGUGUGCCAUCAACUGCUGGGCAGUCCGUUCCAGCAAUGCCAUGCCCAGGUUCCCCCUGCUGAGUACCACGAGGCCUGCCUCUUUGCCUACUGCAGGGGGGCCGCGGUGGGCAGUGGGCGAGAGCGGCGGCGGGAGGCCGUGUGUGCCACCUUUGCCAGCUACGCCCAGGCCUGUGCGAGGCGGCGCGUCCACGUCAGCUGGAGGAAGCCCGGCUUCUGCGAGCGCCCGUGCCCCGGGGGCCAGCUCUACUCCGACUGCGCCUCCCCCUGCCCGCCCAGCUGCCAGGCGGUGGGCCCGGGAGAGGAGGGGUCCUGCGGGGAGGAGUGUGUGAGCGGCUGUGAGUGCCCUCGAGGCCUCUUCUGGGACGGGGCCCUCUGUGUGCCUGCCGCCCGCUGCCCCUGCUACCACCGGCGCCAGCGCUACGCCCCAGGAGACACCGUGCGCCAGCUGUGUAACCUGUGCGUAUGCCGGGACGGCCACUGGCACUGCACACAGGCCCUGUGCCCGGCUGAGUGUGCGGUGGGUGGGGAUGGGCACUACGUCACCUUCGACGGGCGGAGCUUCUCCUUCCGUGGCGGCCGAGGGUGCCGCUACAGCCUGGUGCAGGACUAUGUGAAGGGGCGGCUGCUGAUCCAGCUGGAGCACGGGGCCUGCGACUCUGGGAGCUGCCUGCACGCCAUCUCGGUCUCCCUGGGGGACACCCACGUCCAGCUCAGGGACUCAGGAGCUGUGCUGGCCGACGGGCAGGACGUGAGCUUGCCCUGGCACGGCGCUGGGGGCCUCAGAGUCCUCCGAGCCUCCUCUACCUUCCUGCUGCUGCGCUGGCCUGGGGCCCAGGUCCUCUGGGGAGUGUCGGACCCUGCUGCCUACAUCACCCUGGACCCCCGUCAUGCCCACCAGGUGCAGGGUCUGUGUGGCACCUUCACCUGGAACCAGCAGGACGACUUCUUGACACCGGCUGGGGAUGUGGAGACCAGCAUUGCUGCCUUCGCCAGCAAGUUCCAGGUGGCAGGCGAGGGAAGGUGCCCCUCUGGGGACAGCGCCCCGCUCUCCCCCUGCAGCACCCACUCCCAGCGCCACAUUUUCGCAGAGGCAGCCUGUGCCGUCCUGCAUGGCCCAGCCUUCCAGGAGUGCCACGGGCUGGUGGACAGGGAGCCAUUCCAGCUGCGCUGCUUGGCGGCCGUGUGUGGCUGUGCCCCUGGCAGGGACUGCCUGUGCCCGGUGCUCUCUGCCUAUGCACGCCACUGUGCCCAGGAGGGUGCCCCGCCUACUUGGAGGAGCCAGACCCUCUGCCCUGUCCUGUGUCCUGCUGGCCAGGAGUACCAGGAGUGUGCCCCAGCGUGCGGUCGGCACUGUGGGGAGCUGGAGGACUGUGGGGAGCCGGGCAGCUGUGUGGCUGGUUGUACCUGCCCCCCAGGGCUGCUGUGGGACCCCGAGGGCCAGUGUGUGCCCCCCAGCUUGUGCGUCUGCCAGCUCGGAGCCCGUCGCUAUGCCCCAGGCAGUGCCACCACGAAGGACUGCAACCGCUGUGUCUGCCAGGAAAGGGGCCUCUGGAAUUGCACAGCCCGCCGCUGUCCCCCACGGCGGGCAUUCUGCCCCCGGGGGCUUGUCUAUGCCCCUGGUGCCUGCCUCCUCACCUGCGACAGCCCCCAGGCCAACCACUCUUGCCCCUCGGGCAGCGCUGAUGGCUGUGUCUGUCCGCCGGGCAUGGUGCUGCUGGAUGAGCGCUGUGUGCCUCCUGAUCUGUGUCCCUGCCGUCACAGUGGGCAGUGGUACCCACCCAACGCCACCAUCCAGGAAGACUGCAACGUCUGCGUGUGCCAGGGCCGGAAGUGGCACUGCACAGGCCGGAAGUGCAGUGGGUGGUGCCAGGUGUCAGGCGCCCCCCACUACGUGACGUUUGAUGGACUGGCCUUCACCUUCCCCGGGGCCUGCGAGUAUCUGCUGGUGCGAGAGGCCAGCGGCCGGUUCACCGUCUCUGCCCAGAACCUGCCCUGCGGGGCCAGCGGUCUCACCUGCACCAAGGCGCUGGCCAUGCGUCUGGAGAGCACUGUUGUGCACAUGCUCAGAGGCCGGGCAGUGACAGUGAACGGGGUGAGUGUGACACCACCCAAGGUCUACACAGGUCCCGGACUGAGCCUGCACCGUGCCGGCCUCUUCCUGCUGCUCACGACCCGCCUGGGCCUCACCCUGCUCUGGGACGGAGGCACGCGGGUCCUGGUGCAGCUGUCCCCCCAGUUCCGAGGUCGUGUGGCUGGGCUGUGUGGAGACUUUGAUGGAGAUGCCAGUAAUGACCUGCGGAGCCGCCAGGCAGUCCUGGAGCCCACGGCUGAGCUGGCCGCCCACUCCUGGCGCCUCAGUCCCCUCUGCCCUGAGCCAGGAGACCUGCCGCACCCCUGCACCGUGAACGCCCACCGGGCUGGCUGGGCCCGGGCCCGCUGCGGGGUGAUGCUGCAGCCACUCUUUGCCCCGUGCCACGCGGAGGUGCCCCCGCAGCAGCACUACAAGCGGUGUGUGUACGACGCCUGCGGCUGCGAUUCAGGGGGCGACUGUGAGUGCCUCUGCUCAGCCAUUGCCACCUAUGCAGACGAGUGUGCCCGGCACGGGCACCAUGUGCGCUGGCGCAGCCAGGAGCUCUGCCCCCUGCAGUGCGAAGGGGGACAGGUGUAUGAGGCCUGUGGCCCCACAUGUCCCCCAACCUGCCAUGACCAUCGUCCUGAGCCCAGGUGGCACUGCCAGGCUGUGGCCUGCGUGGAGGGCUGCUUCUGCCCCGAGGGGACUCUGCUGCACGGAGGAGCCUGCGUGGAGCCGGCCGCCUGCCCCUGCGAGUGGGAGGGCAGCUUCUUCCCGCCGGGGUCCCUGCUGCAGAAGGACUGCGGGAACUGCACGUGCCAGGAAAGUCAGUGGCACUGUGGGGGUGACAGUGCCCGCUGCGAGGACCUGGUGCCUGUCUGUGCAGAGGGAGAGGCCCCGUGCCAGGGGAACGGACACUGUGUACCACUCUCGUGGCUUUGUGACAACCAGGACGACUGCGGCGAUGGCUCAGACGAGGAGGGCUGUGCCGCCCCAGGCUGUGGGGAGGGCCAGGUGUCCUGCAGCUCUGGCCACUGCCUGGCGCCAGCCCUGCUCUGCGAUGGCAAGGACGACUGCGGAGAUGGCUCGGAUGAGCAGGGCUGCCCGUGCCCCCAGGGCUCGCUGGCCUGUGCCAACGGGAGCUGCCUGCCCCCGGCCCUGCUCUGCGAUGGGCACCCCGACUGUCCACACGCUGCUGACGAGGAGUCCUGCCUGGGUCAGGUGAACUGCAUCCCUGGGGAGGUGUCCUGCAUCGAUGGCACCUGCGUGAGAGCCGUCCAGCUGUGUGACGGAGUUUGGGACUGCCCAGACGGAGCUGACGAGGGGCCUGGACACUGCCCCCUGCCCUCUCUGCCCACGCCACCUACUGGCACCUGGCCUGGCCCCUCCACUGGCUCCCUGGACACUGCGCCGGGUGCCCUGGCCAGCGCCAGCCCAGCGCCGCCCUGCGGCCCCUUCGAGUUUGCCUGCGGCAGCGGCGAGUGCACCCCGCGGGGCUGGCGCUGCGACCGGGAGGAGGACUGCGCCGACGGCAGCGACGAGCAUGGCUGCGGCGGGCCCUGCGCGCCGUCCCACGCGCCCUGCGCCAGCGGCCCGCACUGCGUGUCCCCUGGGCAGCUGUGCGACGGCGUGCCCCAGUGCCCCGACGGCUCGGACGAGAGCCCCAACGCCUGCGAGGAGCUGCCAGCCCCAGGAGGCCCCAACAGGACAGGGGCUCCCUGCCCAGAAUACGCCUGCCCUGAUGGCGUCUGCAUUGGCUUCCAGCUGGUGUGCAACGGGAAGCCCGACUGCCAAGGGCCGGAGGCGGCCGGGCCCUCCCCAGAAGAGCAGGGCUGUGGGGCCUGGGGCCCCUGGAGCCCGUGGGGGCCGUGCAGCCGCACCUGUGGGCCUGGGGUGCAGGCCCGGAGCCGCCGCUGCUCCCCACCUGGCCUCCGGGUGCUGCAGCACUGCCCGGGCCCCGAGCACCAGUCUCAGGCCUGCUUUAGCGUAGCCUGCCCAGUGGACGGAGAGUGGAGCUCCUGGUCCCCCUGGUCUCCGUGCUCCGAGCCGUGCAGGGGCACCGUGAUGCGGCAGAGGCAGUGCCACCCGCCCCAGAACGGGGGCCGCACCUGCGCUGCACUGCCCGGGGGCCCACACAGCACCCGCCAGACCAAGCCCUGCCCUCAGGAUGGCUGCCCCAAUGCCACCUGCUCCGGGGGGCUGGUGUUCUGGCCCUGUGCCCCCUGCCCUCUGACCUGCGAUGACAUCUCUGGCCAGGCCAUGUGCCCACCUGACCGGCCCUGUAGCAGCCCAGGCUGCUGGUGCCCAGAAGGGCAGGUGCUUGGCAUCGAGGGGAGGUGUGUGUGGCCCCGGCAGUGCCCCUGCCUGGUGGACGGCGCCCGCUACUGGCCUGGGCAGCGCAUCAAGGCUGACUGCCAGCUCUGCACCUGCCAAGACGGGCGGCCCCGGCGCUGCCGGCCCGACCCAGACUGCGCUGUGGACUGCGGCUGGUCCUCCUGGGCCCCCUGGGCCGAGUGCCUGGGCCCCUGUGGGAGCCAGAGCGUCCAGUGGUCCUUCCGGAGCCCCAACAACCCCCGGCCCUCUGGCCGAGGUCGCCAGUGCCGUGGCAUCCACCACAAGGCCCGCAGGUGCCUGACGGAGCCCUGCGAGGGCUGUGAGCACCAGGGCCGGGUCCGCCGCAUCGGCGAGCGCUGGCGCGGGGGCCCCUGCAGGGUGUGCCAGUGUCUGCACAACCGCACCGCACACUGUUCCCCCUACUGCCCGCUGGGCCGCUGCCCCCAGGGUUGGGUCCUGGUGGAGGGAACAGGUGAAUCGUGUUGCCGCUGUGUCCUGCCUGGAGAGGACCAGACAGUCCACCCCAUGGCCACUCCCGCCCCAGCUCCAGCCCCCAGUUCCCAGGUCGGACCCCCUCUGGUCAGCUACAUUCUGCCUCCGCCAGGAGACCCCUGCUAUUCUCCCCUGGGGCUGGCCCGACUGCCACGGGGGAGCCUGCGAGCCUCGUCCCAGCAGCUGCAACACCCCACCUGGGGUGCCCUCCCGGGGGCCCCCACCGACGUGCCGGGCCCUCAGGGAUGGAGCCCUGGAGAGGGUGUUUACACUGAGUGGCAGCCCUACAUGCAGCUGGACCUGCUGCGGCCCCAGAACCUCACCGGCAUCAUAGUGCAGGUGACUGGUUCCUCCAACGCUUACGUCUCCAGCUUCUUGCUCCAGCUCAGCAGCGAUGGUCUACACUGGCACGACUACCAUGAUAUCCUGCCUGGCAUCUUGUCCCUGCCCAAGCUUUUCCCUGAGACCUGGGGUGCCCUGGCCCCCGAGGUAUGGACAUUUGGCCGGAUGGUGCAGGCAAGGUACGUUCGGGUGUGGCCCCGAGAUGUCCACCACGGCGAGGGCGGCCGCAGCGUCUUCCUGCGGGUGGAGCUGCUGGGCUGUGAGCCAGUGUCCCCGUCGCUGCCUCCGUGCCCUGGGGCCGGACACCGCUGUGCCAGUGGUGAGUGUGCCCUGAGAGGGGGCCCGUGCGACGGUGCUGCAGACUGCAGGGACGGCUCAGAUGAGGAGGGCUGCGUUCCCAGAGUCGGUUCCACAGCCCGGACCCCGGUCUUCUCCUCCACCCAGCCCAGGGAGGGUCUGGCGGGGACUGAACACGGGCAUCCCGUGCAGGAGCCCCCCACGCCCCCCACAGAGAGGAGGCCCGUGAGUCCUGCCCCAGCCUCCAUCGCUCUUCACCUGAGUUCUCGGGAAUCCGUGCAGACAGUGCCCACCACCGCCACACCCCAGACGGAGGCUAGGACCGGGCAGCCAGGGAUGGCUGCUGUGACCGUGCUCCUCCCACACCCAGCUAGUCUGCUGACCCCUGCUGGCCAGAGUGUCGCCCCGAGGCCCUUCCCACCCGUGCAGUGCAGCCCUGGCCAGGUGCCCUGCGAGGUGCUGGGCUGCGUGGAGCAGGCGCAGCUCUGUGACGGCAGGGAGGACUGCCUGGACGGCUCCGACGAGAGGCGCUGUGCCCAUAAUCACUAUGUGGCUCCUCCUCCCACCCCGUGGGCAGCGAGCCCUGUGCCCUUCACGGUGCCCACCACAGCCCUGCCGGAGUUGCCGGCCUCCAGGGCCCUCUGCUCUCGGAGCCAGCUGAGCUGCGGCAGUGGGGAGUGCCUGCCCGCUGAGCGACACUGCGACCUGCGGCCCGACUGCCAGGACGGCUCAGAUGAGGAUGGCUGUGUGGACUGUGUGCUGGCGGCCUGGUCUGGCUGGAGCAGCUGCAGCCACAGCUGUGGCCUGGGCCUUGCCUUCCAGCGCCGAGAGCUUCUGCGGCCUCCCCUACCUGGGGGCAGCUGCCCCCACGACCGACUGCGCAGCCAGUCCUGCUUCGUGCAGGCCUGUCCAGUGGCUGGGGCAUGGGCCAUGUGGGAGGCCUGGGGACCCUGCAGCGUCUCCUGUGGGGGUGGCCAUCAGAGUCGCCGGAGGAGAUGUGUGGACCCUCCGCCCAAGAACGGCGGUGCCCCCUGCCCCGGGGCCUCCCAAGAGAGGGCACCCUGCGGCUUGCAGCCCUGCACAGGUGGCACAGACUGCGGGCUGGGCCUUGUGCACGUGAGUGCCGACCUGUGCCAGAAGGGGCUGGUGCCCCCGUGCCCACCCUCCUGCUUGGAUCCCGAGGCCCACAGAAGCUGUAGCGGGCGCUGCAUGGAGGGAUGCCGCUGUCCCCCUGGGCUCCUCCUCCAUGACACGCGCUGCCUGCCCCUCUCUGAAUGUCCCUGCCUCGUGGGCGAAGAGCUGAAGGAGCCGGGGGUGUCCUUCCUCCUGGACAACUGCAGCCAAUGCAUGUGUGAGAAGGGGGUGCUGCUGUGUGAACCAGGAGGCUGCCCCCUGCCCUGCGGCUGGUCAGCCUGGUCCUCCUGGGCUCCCUGUGACCGCUCCUGUGGCUCUGGAGUGCGGGCCAGGUUCAGGUCUCCCUCCAACCCUCCGGCAGCUUCCGGUGGUGCCCCAUGUGAAGGCGACAGGCAGGAAGUGCAGGCCUGCCACACGGAGUGUGGGACAGAGGCGCUGGGCUGGACGCCCUGGACGUCCUGGUCCUCCUGCUCCCGGAGCUGCCUUGCCCCUGGUGGGGGCCCCGGCUGGCGCAGUCGCUCCCGGCUCUGCCCCAGCCCCGGAGACACAUCCUGCCCAGGAGAGGCCACCCAGGAGGAGCCCUGCAGCCCCCCUGUGUGCCCAGAGCCCAGCGUCUGGGGUCUGUGGACUGCCUGGUCCCCCUGCUCGGCCCCCUGUGACGGAGGCAUCCAGACCCGUGGGCGCAGCUGCUCUGGCUCGGCUCCCAGGGACCCCGCCUGCCAGGGGCCCCACAGUCAGACCAGGGACUGCAACACGCAGCCUUGCACAGCCCAGUGCCCAGGGAACAUGGUGUUCCGCUCAGCAGAUCAGUGUCGCCAGGAGGGUGGUCCGUGCCCUCGGCUGUGCCUGGCGCAGGACCCUGGGGUGGAGUGCACAGGCUUCUGCGUCCCUGGCUGCACCUGCCCCCCUGGCCUCUUCCUGCACAACGCUAGCUGCCUGCCCCGCAGCCAGUGCCCCUGCCAGCUGCACGGGCAGCUCUACGUGCCAGGAGCGGUGGCUUUCCUGGACUCCUGCAACAACUGCACCUGUAUCUCUGGCGAGAUGGAGUGUACCUCGGAGCUCUGCCCAGUGGCCUGUGGCUGGAGUCCCUGGACCCCAUGGAGUCUCUGCAGCCGCAGCUGUAACGUGGGCAUUCGGAGGCGCUUCCGGGCAGGCACUGCGCCCCCAGCUGCCUUUGGGGGUGCUGAGUGCCAGGGUCCCAACAUGGAGGCUGAAUUCUGCAGCCUGCAGCCAUGUCGAGGUCCCAGUGGGGAGUGGGGCCCUUGGUCUCCGUGCUCUGUGCCCUGUGGCGGUGGCUACAGGAACCGCACCCUAGGCAGUGGCCUGCACAGCCCCAUGGAGUUCUCCACCUGUGGCCUGGAGCCCUGUGCAGGGCCAGUGCCUGGCAUGUGUCCCAGGGGCAAGCUGUGGCUGGACUGUGCCCAGGGCCCUGCUUCCUGUGCAGAGCUCGGCGCCCCAAGAGGGAUUAACCAGACCUGCCACCCUGGCUGCUACUGCCCCCCUGGAAUGCUCCUGCUGAACAACGUGUGUGUGCCCGCCCAGGACUGCCCCUGUGCCCACGGGGGGCGCCUCCACGCCCCAGGCAGUGCUGUGCUCCGUCCAUGUGAGAACUGCUCCUGCGUCUCUGGGCUCAUCACCAACUGCAGCUCCCGGCCGUGUGAGGAGGGUCAGCCCGUGUGGUCACCCUGGACCCCCUGGAGCGAAUGUUCUGCCUCCUGCGGCCCUGCCCGACGCCACCGGCACCGCUUCUGUGCCAGGCCGCCCAGCGCAGCGCCAUCCAGCAUGGCUCCGCUGCCCCCACCAGCCACACCCGUGCCUCCCUGCCCAGGCCCCGAGGCUGAGGAGGAGCCGUGCCUCCUGCCAGAGUGUGACCGAGCUGGGGGCUGGGGUCCGUGGGGGCCCUGGUCCCGCUGUAGUCGGAGCUGUGGGGGAGGCCUGAGGAGCCGGACCCGAGCCUGUGACCAGCCCCCACCCCAGGGCCUGGGGGAUUACUGCGAGGGGCCUCGCGCCCAGGGGGAGGCCUGCCAGGCACCGCCGUGCCCAGUGACCAACUGCACCGCCAUCGAAGGGGCCAAGUAUAGCCCCUGUGGCCCUCCCUGUCCUCGCUCUUGUGAUGACCUAGUGCACUGCGUGUGGCGCUGCCAGCCCGGCUGCUACUGCCCCCUGGGCCAGGUGCUGAGUGCCGACGGGGCCGUCUGUGUGCACCCGGGUCACUGCAGCUGCCUGGACCUGCUGACCGGACAGAGGCACCGUCCAGGGGCUCAGCUAGCCAGGCCCGAUGGCUGCAACCACUGCACCUGCCUGGAGGGGAGGCUGAACUGCACAGAACUGCCCUGCCCAGUGCCCGGCGGCUGGUGCCCGUGGUUGGAGUGGACGGCGUGCUCCCAGCCCUGCAGGGGCCAGACGAGGACCCGAUCCAGGGCCUGCGCCUGCCCUGCUCCUCAGCACGGGGGUGCCCGGUGCCCUGGGGAGGCUGGGGAGGCAGGGGCGCAGCGUGAGAAGGAGGCCUGCCCCAGCCCCACUGCCUGCCCAGUGGACGGAGCCUGGAGCCCCUGGGGACUGUGGUCUCCCUGCGACGCGUGCCUGGGGCAGUCACAACGGAGCCGGGAGUGCAGCCAGCCCCCCACCCCUGAGGGAGGGAGGCCUUGCCCUGGGGGCCACACACAGAGUCGCCCUUGUCAGGACAAUUCCACACAAUGCACAGACUGCGGGGGUGGCCAGAGCCUGCUCCCCUGCGGGCAGCCCUGCCCCCGCUCCUGCCAGGACCUGUCCCCCGGGAGUGUGUGCCAGCCAGGCCCGACCGGCUGUGAGCCCAGCUGUGGGUGUCCCCCCGGCCAGCUCUCCCAGGACGGGCUCUGUGUGCCCCCGGCCCGCUGCCGCUGCCAGUAUCAGCCUGGAGCCAGGGGGAUCCCCGAGAACCAGAGCCGGUUGGCAGGGUCUGGGCUCAGCUCCUGGGAGAACCUGGAACCGGGAGAGGUGGUGACUGGGCCAUGUGACAACUGCACCUGUGUGGCAGGCAUCCUGCAAUGCCAGGAGGUGCCCAGCUGUCCCGGCCCUGGGAUGUGGAGCUCCUGGGGCCCCUGGGAGGACUGCAGCGUUUCGUGUGGGGGAGGGGAGCAGCUGCGCUCCAGGCGCUGCGCCCGGCCCCCCUGCCCGGGGCCUGCCCGCCAGAGCCGCGUGUGCAACACCCAGGUCUGCAGAGAGGCAGGCUGCCCGGCCGGCCGCCUGUACCGAGAGUGCCAGCCCGGCGAGGGCUGUCCCUUCUCCUGCGCCCACGUCACACAGCAGGUGGACUGCUUCUCCGAUGGCUGCGAGGAGGGCUGCCACUGCCCCGAGGGCACCUUCCAGCACCGCCUGGCCUGUGUCCAGGAGUGCCCCUGCGCGCUGACAGCCUCGCUGCUGCGGGAGCUGGGAGCCGCCAGCGGCAACCCUGGGGUGCAGCACCCCUUUCUGGGAGACGGGGGUCAGCCCCUUGGGCCUGGAGAUGAGCUGGGCUCAGGCCAGACACUUCGUACAGGCUGCAGCAACUGCUCCUGCGCACAUGGGAAGCUGUCCUGCUCCCUGGAGGACUGCUCCAGGGCCCACGGCGGUUUCAGUCCCUGGGGCCCGUGGGGUCCGUGCUCCCGCUCCUGUGGCGGGCUGGGCACCCGCACCCGCAGCCGCCAGUGUGCGUUUCCCAUGUCCACUCCCGGUGACCAGGGCUGCCAUGGGCCCCACCAGGACCUCGAGUACUGCCCCAGCCCAGACUGCCCUGGGGCUGAAGGGUCCACCGUGGAGCCGGUGACAGGCCUUCCAGGUGGCUGGGGCCCCUGGUCCCCGUGGUCGCCCUGCUCCCGGAGCUGCACAGACCCUGCUCACCCUGCUUGGCGCAGCCGCACCCGCCUCUGCCUGGCCAACUGCACUGCGGGGACCUCCUGGCAGGAGCGCGCCUGCAACCUGCCCUCGUGCACAGAGGUGCUCCUGUGCCCCGGCCCUGACUGUGGGGCCAGGAACUGUUCCUGGACCUCCUGGGCCCCGUGGGAACCUUGCUCCCGCAGCUGUGGGGUGGGCCAGCAGCGCCGCCUGCGGGCGUACCGCCCCCCUGGGCCUGGCGGGCACUGGUGCCCCGACAUCCUUACUGCCUACCAGGAGCGCCGCUUCUGCAACCUGCGUGCUUGCCCAGUGCCUGGGGGCUGGUCGCGCUGGAGCCCCUGGUCCUGGUGUGACCGGAGCUGUGGGGGGGGCCAGUCCCUGAGGAGCCGCAGAUGCUCGAGCCCCCCACCCAAGAACGGGGGUGCCCCCUGUGUCGGGGAGAGGCACCACGUCCGGCUCUGCAAUCCCAUGCCCUGUGAGGCGGGCUGCCCAGCAGGCAUGGAGGUGGUCGCCUGUGCCAACCGCUGCCCCCGCCGCUGCUCAGACCUCCAGGAGGGAAUCGUGUGUCAGGACCAGGCCUGCCAGCGGGGCUGCCGCUGCUCUGAGGGAUCCCUGGAGCAGGACGGUGGCUGCGUGCCGAUUGGGCACUGCGAGUGCACAGAUGCCCAGGGCCGCAGCUGGGCCCCAGGCAGCCAGCACCAGGACGCCUGCAACAACUGCUCGUGCCAGGCCGGGCAGCUCUCCUGCACGGCUCAGCCCUGCCCACCUCCUGCCCACUGCGCCUGGAGCCGCUGGUCAGCUUGGAGUCCCUGCAGCCACUCGUGUGGUCCCAGAGGGCAGCAGAGCCGCUUCCGGUCCUCCACGUCAGGCUCCUGGGCCCCGGAGUGUCGGGAGGAGCAGUCCCAGAGCCGUCCCUGCCCUCAGCCCCCAUGCCCGCCCCUGUGCCUGCAGGGUGCUCACCCCCACGCCCUGGGGGACAGCUGGCUGCAGGGCAAGUGUGGGCAGUGCUCCUGCACCCCAGAGGGCGUGAUCUGCAAGGACACCGCUGAGUGCGCAGAGCCUGGGGCCUGGAUGCUGUGGUCCCCCUGGUCCGACUGCCCUGUCUCCUGUGGAGGUGGAAACCGGGUCCGUAGCCGGGCCUGUGUGGCCCCGACUCCUGGCCAUGUGGCCCCAGCCUGCCUGGGCCCCAACACCCAGACCCAGCGCUGUGGGCAGCAGCCUUGCUGGCAGCUGCUGGAGGCCUGCUCCUGGGGCCCGUGGGGGCCCUGCUCCCGCAGCUGCGGCCCAGGCCUGGCCUCUCGCCCUGGGUCCUGCCCCUGCCUGCUGGCUGAGGCAGACUCCACCUGCAACGGCACCUUCCCCCACCUGGACACCCGGGCCUGCUACCCAGGGCCCUGCCUGGAGGAGUGUGUGUGGAGCAGCUGGAGCAGCUGGACGCGCUGCUCUUGCCAGGUGCUGGUGCAGCAGCGCUACCGACACCAGGGCCCAGUGCCCGGCGGGGCCGGGACAGGCGCCCCCUGCACACGGCUGGACGGCCACUUCCGGCCUUGCCUCACUGGGAACUGCUCUGAGGACAGCUGCACGCCUCCCUUUGAGUUCCAGGCCUGUGGCUCCCCCUGCGCUGGGCUCUGUGCCACACACCUGAGCCGUGAGCUCUGCCAGGACCUGCCGCCCUGCCAGCCUGGCUGCUACUGCCCUGAGGGGCUGCUGGAGCAGGGCGGGGGCUGCAUUCCCCCAGAGCAGUGUAACUGCUGGCACACCUCAGGAGAGGGAGCCAGGGUGACCCUGGCCCCUGGGGACCGCCUGCGGCUGGGCUGUAAGGAGUGUGAAUGCCGGCGCGGGGAGCUGCAGUGCACCAGCCAGGGCUGUCAAGGUCUUCUGCCUCUGAGCAGCUGGUCCGAGUGGUCGCCCUGCGGGCCCUGCCUGCCCCCCAGCGCCCUGGCCCCUGCCUCCAGGACUGCCCUAGAGGGGCGCUGGCCCUGGGGCCCAGCCAGCCUCUCCCCCACCUCGGCCCCCCUGCUGGCUUCAGAGCAGCACCGCCACCGCCUCUGCCUGGACCCUGAGACAGGGAGGCCCUGGACCGGGGACCCCCACCUCUGCACUGCGCCCCUCAGCCAGCAGCGCCUCUGCCCGGACCCUGCAGCCUGCCCUGACGCGUGCCAGUGGAGUCCUUGGGGGCCCUGGAGCCUCUGCCAGGUGCCCUGCGGUGGGGGGUACCGGCUGCGCUGGAGAGAGGCAGGGGGCCCCCCUGGAGGAGGCUGCCGGGGGCCGUGGGCUCAGACCGAGAGCUGCAACAUGGGGUCCUGCCCAGGGGAGAGCUGUGAGGCCCGGGACACUGUGGCCACCGUUGACUGUGCCAACCAGUGCCCUCGCAGCUGUGCUGACCUCUGGGACCGUGUUCAGUGUCUGCAGGGACCCUGCCGCCCAGGCUGCCGCUGUCCCCCCGGCCAGCUGGUGCAGGAUGGGCGCUGCGUGCCCAUCUCCUCUUGCCGCUGUGGCCUCCCCAGUGCCAAUGCCUCGUGGGAGCUGGCCCCCAUGCAGGCGGUGCUGCUGGACUGCAAAAGCUGCACCUGUGUCAAUGGGUCCCUGGUGUGCCCACACCGAGAGUGUCCAGUCCUUGGGCCUUGGUCAGCGUGGGGCAGUUGCUCAGCUAUCUGUGGUGGGGGCACCAUGGAGCGACAUCGGAGCUGCAAGGGAGGUCCUGGGGGGGCACCAUGCCAGGCCCAGGACACAGAGCAGCAGCAGGAAUGUAACCUGCAGCCCUGCCCUGAGUGCCCCCCUGGCCAGGUGCUCAGCGCCUGUCCCACCAUGUGUCCGCGCCUCUGCUUGCAUCUGCAGCCUGGCGCCGUCUGUGCACGGGAACCCUGCCAGCCUGGCUGCGGCUGCCCUGAAGGGCAGCUGCUGCACAAUGGCACGUGCGUGCCCCCAGCCGCCUGCCCCUGCACCCCGCACUCUCUGUCCUGGGCCCUCACCCUGAGCCUGGCAGAGCUGGCUGGAGAACUGCCCCCAGGGACGGUGCUCACCCGGAACUGCACCCGCUGUGUCUGCCAAAGUGGAGCCUUCAACUGUUCCCUCGAGAACUGUCAGGAGUGCCCCCCUGGGGAAAUGUGGCAGGAGGCGGCCCCCGGGGAGCUGGGGCCCUGCGAGCAGACGUGCCGGGAGAUGAACACCACGGAGACUCGGAGCAACUGCAGUGCCACUCAGGCCUCGGGCUGCGUGUGCCAGCCUGGGCACUUCCGCAGCCAGGCAGGCCCCUGUGUCCCCGCAGACCACUGUGAGUGCUGGCACCUCGGGCGUCCCCACCUGCCCGGAUCCGAAUGGCAGGAGGCCUGUGGGAGCUGCCGCUGCCUCGGUGGGAGGACGGUCUGCAGCCAGCACUGCCCCCUCCUCACCUGUGCUCAGGGCGAGGUGACAGUGCAGGAGCCAGGGAGCUGUUGUCCCACUUGCCACCGGGAGACUCCAGAGGAGCGGUCAGCCUCCUGCCGGCACCUCACCGAGCUGCGCAACCUCACCAAGGGCCCCUGCUCCCUGGACCAGGUAGAAGUGAGCUACUGCAGCGGGCACUGCCCAUCCAGCACCAACGUCAUGCCAGAGGAGCCGUACCUUCAGAGCCAGUGCGACUGCUGCAGCUACCGCCUGGACCCCGACAACCCGGUGCGGGUCCUGAGCCUGCGCUGUCCGGGUGGCCGCACGGAGCCGGUGGUGCUACCCGUCAUCCACAGCUGCCAGUGCAGCGCCUGCCAGGGAGGUGAUUUCUCAAAGCGCUGACAGACUCUGCUGGAAGUGUCCACUGCUGUCCCUCUUGUGACCGUGGAGCUCAGCGGCACAGACUCUUCCCACGUGCUGACCCACCCGCCCCUGACUGGGGACCCAGCCCCCGGCAUUCGCAUGUCCCGAAUAAAGUGA